AUGGCCGAAGCUUCCCUUGCCGACAGAGGUCGUAUGCAAUCCAUGACGUUUGCUCAUAGUACGAAUCAAUCGACGGGUCCAUUGAAUAAACGAAGCCUUAGCUUGCCUUCCUUAAAAUUGGGCAACGAUGGUGGUCCAAAGGCAGGGACGAACACAUUACGUGUUUUGAAGACGAGAGGAUGGGUUCCACUUAUGAUAGCAGCUUUGGAAGGGGAGGCGCCCAAAAAAUCUGGGUCGGAGCCCACGCCAGGGCGACUGGCUCAAAGCACUUAUCCAGAGAGCGAGCUCUUAUCAACCGGACACAGUCAACAAAACCUACCUAGCAAACGGCCUCCAGGUCGAUCGAAGGUUACAGAAUACGGUGCAGCUUUUUCAGCUAGGAUUCCAGAAGUAAACAGCCCGGAAGAUAGGUCAGCUGGAACUAAGGAAUCUUCAAGGAAAUCUAAUUAUGAGGCAUCCACGAAGUACAGUUCAUCGGCUCUGCAAAAUCGAUCUUCGCCGAGGGCAUUUCAAGCUGCAGGUGAGCGAUCCAUGAACACCAGAGUCAGAUCGGCAUCCUAUUCGCAAGAAACCAGAAGCCAGCAGACGAGAGAUUUUAAUUCGGCACAUUCGACGUCCCAAGCAUCAGAUAUUAAUUUUGGACAAGAUGCAAAGAGUUUGGCAGAUGCGAUAUCAAGAGGCGAUGCGGGCAAUACUCCUCAGCACGCAGCAAUGAUCGUUUCAGCUGCCAAUCAUCUCUUGGAAGCUGCAAACAAAGAGAUACAGAGUAAUAACGACCCACGAUAUCAAGCUGAGAUGAAAAGAUUGAUAACUGAAGUUAAGCAAAUUCUUCCCGAGUUUCGUUCAAAGGCCUGGAUAUCGCUAGGAUCGGGCAAUGCACCUCCCUUAGAGACUGCUAUGGAGGUCCUUGGUAUACUUAAUACAGUGACAUCCAGGCUCACAGAUCUUGGGAACUUCAUGAAACACAAUCCUAGUCAAAAUCCUGCGAAGGAUGUACGGCCUUCUUACGGCCAAGUGAAUGAGUCUGUGUUGGAUACUCGACGAAAUUUGAAGCCAGAAUCGCUUCAUUUAUCAUCGCAGGAAAGCCAAGAAGCUACCCCGAAUUUGAGUGCCAAAGGGCCGAUAAAGCCCCACUACCAAUCAUCUGAGAUGCUGCAUAAAUUCUCAAUCGCAAAUCCCCCCAAAUCAAGCUCCACGAAGGAGGAAGAUUCACUGCACAUGAGAAGAUUAUCUGAAAUGGACAAUAACGAAUCGCCGUAUGUAUCUGCUCCUGAAAUCCCGUUAGUAGACGAAACCUUGCAGGCGACAACGGUGGAAGCUGCAACGAUGUUUGCAAAGCCUGAAAAUAGAUCCCAAAAUCCGAAGCAGGCAAGUUUACCACCUACUACCUCCUCGGAAUCUUCUUUUGCCAGCAAGAAACAUGCCGUUUCUCCACUACAAGAAGCCACCACAAGAAAUCCACUCCAGCAGGGCAACCCGAGCACCAGAAGGUCACAUGCAAGACAACCUUCCGAUGUCAUGCAAGAUAUUCCAAUAACUAAGAACUACCAACCUUGGAUAAGAGAACCGACAGACAAGACACCCGGUUCUGCACACCAAAGUAUCGCUUCCGGAAAUACUGGAGUAGCUACAGAUGUAGAUAACGCUUGGGUUGAGGAAGUGCAACCCUUGCAAGAUUCUCUUGUAUGGCGACCACAGACUGGAUCGCUACCUAGCGAUGGCGCGGUCGAAACCGGUGAGUUUUCAAUGACGGGAAACACGAGUCCAGCAGAGAACAUCGGUGUGAACUCGCAGAAUCAGCAAGUUCUAGUGAGGAACAGAUUUCAUUCCCCUCUGGAUGAACCUUCAAGUAUCGAAACCGAACCAUUGAUGGAUGCUGGAUUGCGACUACGGUCGCAAAGAAGGUUGGAAUAUAAUAGCAUCCUUCCUGAUGCAUCUACCAGCAUUCAAACUGCGGGCAUUGGGCAGAUUCAACCAGAUAGGGCCGCUCCAUUCGACUCUCAAACUUCAACAAGCAACGCACAUAUAAAAAUGAAGUCUCAAGCAGAAGCAGCACCAUUAAUUCCGUACAACCGUACCUCCAAAGUAUCCGGCGCGGCAAUAGCUGGGACAGACACCGUUGCAGAAGCUAUUGGAAAAAUUCCCAACCCACCUGUUAACAGCGGACCUAUUUUUGUGGUCAACUGGGCUCCGGGAGGAGACCUCCCAUCCGCACAAGAUGUGUCCGCGGAACAGGGAACAGUCGCAAUUCGCCCCCAGCAGCAUGUAGCAAAAUUAGCAGCAGAGCAGUCAGAAUUGGUAAAGCCAUCAAAAGCCAAGCAUAUCACGGAGGAUUUCGGUACAACACCGGCUGCAGAGUCUAGUCUGGCAGGCGGAGAGGUAGUUCCACAGGCAGCCGUGUCAGGAGGGAGCAAUACCGUUAUCGUAAAAAACAACCCUGUGGAUGCCCAAGCACCAGUGGUUCAGCAGAAUUUGCAUUCUCAACAGCAAAAUGAAACAGAAGGUGAAUCGGCUACCGUUGAAGUUUACGAUGUUUAUGGCACUCGAAAACGACUUCGAUUUUGUCCCUGGAUAUCUUGGCGAAGCGACGGUGGUGGGGGAAGCCGAAGGCGAAAUCGCAGCGGACCUUGUGCGGCCUGCUGCUCCUGCAGAACCCUUUGUAAGGGAGUGUGUGGAACAUUGUUAUUAGGGUUCUUGGUCCUGCUUUUCUUGACGAAUCUAGUGAUUCUGAACGUCUCCGUGGUUCGAGAUACCAUUAAUAUGAAGAGCGCCCUGGCGAAUAUCGUUAUUCCACCGGAUGGUGGAUCUACAACUAUCCGGACCUCGUCCACCACCACCCGAAGCUCUUCUGCCGCGGUCUCAAUUACAUUAUCAAGUAUGUUACCCAGCGAUAUUCCAAUUAUCAGCGCGCACCUAUCAGAGAGCACGACCAUUUCUUCCACCAGUUCCCUUACUAGUUCCAUGUCUUGGACCUCGUCGAACAUAAUUUUGAGCACUUCUUCUAUUUCUUCGCCGUUGAGUCUUACAGAAACCGCUUCCACGUCGCUCUCUGGAAGCCAGUCAUCAACCUGGAGUGCAGUGGCAAGCACAAGCACAACUUCGAGUACUACCUUAUCAAGUUUUUCGCAGUCAAGCUCGAAUGUGGUAGCCAGCUCAAGCUUGUUGUCAACCUUCGACUCAUCUACAAGUAUGCUGAGCGCCACGACAUCACAGAGUGCCUCUGACUUUUCAACCAGUCCAUCCUCUUCCGGUUCAACUCAACAGUCAACUAUGUCAUCAAGUCAAUCUCUGGCUUCUGAAAUAUCCAGCGUAUCUACGUCUACGUCUGGGUUGACAACACCUUCCACAUCAUCCAGUGCAAUUCAGACGUCGUACACGGGGUGGAGCCAAACAUCAAGUAGCAUGCCGCUUCCGAGCUCGAGUGUGUCGUCAUCUCAAACUGCGGGCGGAUCAUCCACCUCUAGCAGUGCGUCCGCUAGCGGAUCGUUACCCCCCACGUCAAGCUUUAGUAUGUCCUCAAGCGAUGUCUCCUCGAGUACCACAACGAUGUCCAGUAGUACUUCCAAUUAUGUCCUCAGCUCCAGCAUAAUGUCGUCGUACAGUGAGGCAAGCAUGACAUCCAGCAGCUCAAUAACUGACUCCAUAACCGUCACACGAAUAUCAAGCAGUGAAACAGCUAGCUCAAGCGAAUCAUUCAGUAGUAGCGUGCCUACCUCUACUGAUAUAUUGAGCUACACACAGACAUCUAGCGCUUCUCAGACGCCGCGAAAUAGUGUCACCGAGACGCCUACCCCCACGCCCACUUCGAGCGAGGUAGUCAGCUCUGAAUCCGUAUCCGGGACACGCGACAUUUAA